AUGCCCGCAUAUGACCAGCUGGAGUCUCUUUUCGAGACGAUUUAUCGUCUUGAACACGUCCUUGGGCUAUGUCAUUGGGAUAUCAGGACGUAUAUGCCUCCUAAAGGUCAGGAGUCUCGCGGGGAGGCCAUUGUUAUGUUGAAGAAACUCAAAUAUCAGUACAUUACUGCACCAGAUGUGAAGAGGUGGAUUGAUGAAUCCACCGCAGCACAAGAUGAACUUUCUGCCGUUUAG